AAACAGGGUUGAGGAUUGAUGUUUUAACAUUACGGCUAUUGGACGUUAAAGUCGAUGUUGUAUUGGGCGUUAAAAUGCAUGAACAGUCUCGGUAGGCUAUUACAAUGUGGCCAAUGCCAAAAUAAGUUUAAAUUAGGACUGAGAAGAACAAUCCGACUUGAUCUGACAUCUACCUGUCCCCACCCCAGCUGAACCAUGGGGUCAUUCCGAAGGCCCAGGCCCCGUUUUAUGAGCUCCCCUGUGCUGUCAGACCUUGCCCGUUUUCAUGCUAGCUCACCAACAUUGCAGCUGUCCAAUGCUAGCGUUUGGAACAGUGUUCAAACGGCUGUAAUUAAAGUGUUCCAAGGAGGGGGGCUACAGGCCAAUGAGCUCUACACCCUGAAUGAAAGCAUAAGGUGGCUUUUGAGGACAGAGUUGGGAUCCUUUAUCACAGAGUACUUUCAGGAUCAACUUUUGAAUAAGGGUCUGAUGUAUAUUUUGGAGAAGAUUCAGCUUUAUAAUGGUGAAGAUCAUCUCCAAGCUCUCGCUGAUAUGUGGGUGAUGUUUUUCACAGAGAUCCUGCCAACUCUUCAAGCUAUUUUCUACCCCGUACAGGGUCAGGAGUUGACUGUGAGGCAAAUGGCUCUUCUGGGCUUCAGGGAUAUGGUUCUGUUAAAGCUUCCUCUGGAGAUCAUGCUUCAUUCCACUUCGUACCCUUCUCCAAUCACACAGAUGCUCCUUAUCCUACAGGGCAUUCAUGAGCCUAACGGACCCACAAAAGAGUAUUUCCUUCUCGAGAGACUUGUGGAAAUGGUUAUCCCCUACCUUGGUAACUACCUCUACAUGAGCCAAAGUAAUUCUUCAGCAGAAGAUAAAUUUAAACACGUUAAACUAGUUAACAACACUCAACACUUUAGUCAACCUGAGAUUAUGGUGACGGAUUUUGCCCAUGAGUCCUUCCUGGCACCAUUAGUCGAACAUGAAGGUGAAGCCUAUUUGGAGAGGACUGGUGGCCGACGCCACACAGUCGCUAAUGUGCACUCCGACAUCCAGCUUCUGUCCAUGAAAAACAGGAUGUGUCCAGGAAAGUUCGAGGUCAGCGAAGAGGCCAGGGUGACCAAGACAGGGAGCUAAAUGACACCCAAGCCUUUCUCCAGAGAACCGGCCUUCUUUUAUUACUGGCCAGAUGGUGUGGUAAUCCCAGCAGGGCAAAGCACUGCAGAGAUCAAGUGUGGUCUAACCCGUUAAAAAGUUAUAAAUAUUCUAAAUGUGAUAAGAAUAAAAUCUCAAAAUGCCCACUGCAGCCCUUAUGUAAUAAUACUGUGACAGGUUAGAAUGUGUUCAUUUAAUACAAUAUGGAGGCAACUCAAAGCUGCUUUCAUAGUACUCCACUUUUCAUGGAAAUAUGUGGCUUUUCGUGUCCUGAAUUCUGUUUGGACUGUCAAUGUUUCUUAAAGUUUAAGCAUGAAUGUUCUUUCUGUGGCUAAAAAAUACUUUGGUCCAGCCCUUUUUUGUACAGCUUGCAAAAAGUCACACUUUUUUUUUGCCAUUGAGGUGUCAAGGUUGUGAGAAAAUAUGCCCUGGUGAGCGAACAUAUUUACAAAGGUACAGUAAGGUACAAGCAAAAACCAUUAUGGAGCCUUAUAGAGGAUUAUGAUUUUAAUUGCCCUGCCUAAAAUUCCUCUCUUUGACAUUCUCUUUCUUAAGCAAUCUUAUGGUUUCGAUAUUUUCUUAGUAGGAGUGGAAACUAAACAUGCAGACAUGAAGAAAAAUGUUAUUGUAAUUUUAUGAAUGUUUUAUGUUUGGAAUUACUAUGUUAUUGUAUUUUUAAUGUAAGAAAAUGCAUUCAAUGUGCUUGUAAAAUGUUUUUUAUAUAUAUUUUUGUAGAAUAAACA